AUCUAAAAUAACCAUCAUUUUCGUUUGCUCUAGAAAUAUCAUCAAACACGCGGUGCUCCCUAAUCCUCUCUCUCUCAGCAAAAAAGCAUAAUGUUACUUCUCUCACUUGCUCACUCCUUUCCUCUCUCAGAGGCUCCCGAUAGAUUCCCUUCUCAACACUCAAAGAUUCCAUCCUCAAGAACAAAAUCUCCAUCUGGGUUCUUAAGAUUCCCUAGUGAGAGAAGAUUCCAUGCAAAAUCUGCGAGGACUGAGGAUGAUUCUAUCCAAAACCCACCAAUUUCUCCAGGCACUGGGAGCCCAGCAGCGAGCAGCUUCCUCUCCGUUCUCUGCCCUCUCCUCAAGUUCUUUGGUGGAGGAGAUCCUUCACAAGAAAGGAAUGAUCUCUUAGAGGUGGCAACAUCAUCUUUAUCUAGUCUGGCAAGGCUUCCAUGGGGAUCGAGAACCUCAAUUAGCACCACACAGAGCAUAGAUUCUACUGCAAAUCCACCAAAGUUGCAACUUUACGAAUUUGAGGCAUGCCCUUUUUGUCGAAGAGUGCGGGAAGCUAUGACCGAGCUGGAUCUUUCUGCAGAGGUCUAUCCAUGUCCAAAAGGAUCAGUAAGACACAGAGAAAUCGUUCGUAAAAUUGGCGGUCAGCAGCAGUUUCCCUUUCUCGUUGACUUAAACACUGGUGUUUCGUUGUAUGAAAGUGGUGAUAUAGUAAAAUAUUUAUUCCAACAAUAUGGUCAAGGAAGAAACGCUUCGUUUGGGCUAUUGGAAAGCACAGUUUUGACAGGAUGGGUGCCUACUCUACUUCGAGCAGGAAGAGGGAUGACAACAUGGGAAAGAGCAAAACCUGAUGCACCAACAAAGUUACUGGAGCUUUUUUCAUAUGAAAACAAUGCGUAUGCAAGAAUUGUUCGUGAAGCACUCUGUGAACUAGAACUGCCCUACAUUCUCCAUAAUGUGGGAGAAGGGUCAUCGAAGUAUGAGUUGCUCGUCAAAGAAUCUAGUUCCAAGGAGAUACCUUAUUUAGUCGAUCCGAAUACUGGGGUAAAGAUGGGUGACUACAAGAAGAUCUUGUCCUAUUUAUUUCAGACAUACUCUAAAGAGAGCUAGUUUCUUAUUUAUUUUGUAUGUUACAUCCAGUCACCUAUGCAGGUGUAAGUUUUUUAAUUUUGGAAAACAAAUAUCACAAUAACAUUUUAAAGAGUUGUAUCUUACUGACAGCAAGAAAGGGUAACAAUUUUUUAAAUGAAAAUUCCAUUCUGUUUUGAGUUA